UUCAGUACAAGAACAUAAAAAGUUUGGUACAGCGCUAAAAAGAAAGGAAUUUUAUAUUGAAUGUGCAGUAACUCCAAAACAGAAACGGUCAGAGAUGCAAACAAACGCUAUGGAGGAUUUGCUAAGCUGCAUUGCACACAAAGAAAUCAUUUCAAAUGAGUUAAAAAAAAGUCUUCCUGGUAUGUCAAAAGUAAGAGAUCAAAUGGCAAAAACUUUUGUGCAUAGAAGGAGAAUAAUACUUAAUUCUACCACAGCACAAAUACUAGAAAAGUAUCCAGGAUUAAGGAUUGCUACAGAGUUAUUAGAAGAGGUAAAUCUCAUAACUGGAAAUGAAGGAACCAAUAAAAUAAACCAGUUCUUUACUGCUGAAAGAUCUAUAAAAGUACUGGAGAUAGCCAAGUCGGGGAAAAGAAAUGCUAAAAAUAUUGACCUGAUGACUAACAUUGUGUCUGCCAUAGGAUCUGAGUCAAAUGUCAAUAUAGAAGCACAACAAAUGGGAGGAUCGAUGUUGUGCUUGCCCGCCAUGUUUGGUGAAAAAAAUUGAAAGAUGGAUCGUGAUAAAUAAGGAAUCAACUCUAAGCACAACAACAAUAAACAUUACUUGCUCAAAUCAAGCUAAUAUUCUGCAUUUUGAAGAUGUGCAUAUAGCGAUCUACCACAAUGGUUUAGUUAUUUGUAACGUUCUAUCCAUCGAUGAAGCAAUAAAAGUCUUGAUAGUAUCUUACUGGGUUUUUGAAAUAGCCUUCGAUCCGCGACUGCAGAAAACAUUGACAUUUCUAGCCAAUUAUAUUUGUGGGCUUAGUGAGUAUUGUGUCAGUCCACCGGUUCAGCGAUUGUUGAACAAAUUGUUGUAAACUUCUAUUUGUAAUAAAAGUAAUAAGCUUUUUUUUA